AUGGCUUCCGGUUGCAACCAGAACAGCAACGCUACACCACGACACUUACAAAUCUUCAAUCCUCCUCUUGAGCCAUGUGGUGACUUUCACCUGUUUCCACUUUUGCCUGACGAUAUUCGCUGGCUUGUUUGGCAACAUUCUCUCAGUCACGAACGAUGGAUCGAUAUCAACCUGAAUCGUCUGGAUUACACAAAUCCUCCGCACAGGAUGCGAGAGCUGGCAAAUUCCGAAGCGUAUAGUGUCGUGUUAGGCCAUCGUUGGAGGAUCAGUAAACUCUUUCGGACCACAUCUGAGUCACGCAGGGCUGCUUUGGCUUUCUACAGGAUUCAACUACCGUGUUGGUACGAGUCGAAAGACAAGAUUAUGUCGAGAGUAACACUGUAUGUUUGUCCUGAAUUGGACCACUUCUUCCUCUGCGGCUUCAGCUUUGUCUAUUUUGAGCGCUUUGCACAUGACCUCUGGGCUUGUGACCCUUGUCAUAUCGGUUUGGUCAACCUUGCAUUGCCAGCCUCAUUUCCGAGCUGCUUUUUCAAGACAUCGAUUAAACCAAAUUGUGAGCCUUCUGUCCUUCGACAAGGCUUAUCCAGGAUCGAGCGUCUUACAAUGAUGAGUGACAAGGGGGCAAAAACGCUAAUACGCCAAAGCCGUUACCCUAUCUACCAAAUGAAUCAUGUCGUUCCCAUCAGGAGUGCUGUUCAGAGCUUCGACAGACUGCCAUAUGACCCUCGAUUGCAUGGUGAAGAUCUGAAGCAAGUAUUUCUAGGCGAUAUUGAUUCUCAAGGGCCAUUCAAUCGCUGGCUUAAACUACUCUCGACCUCAGGGGUGCAUCACGAGCACAAGGUCAUCUAUCAGUUUGGCAUUUGUCGUGGGUAUAAAACCGGCUAUUCGCACAGGGAACCUGUCAUAUCUAACCGCCAAUCCGCUGUUGAAUGGGUUCAGCAUGACACUGAUGAAUUCCGAAGAUGGUUUGAGACCUUUCAUCGAUCACCAGAACUCAGAGGUCAAAUAGACCAUGAGAUUGCCAGAGUCUUCGAAGAAUCACCACAGCCAGUCGUUGGAUUCUGGCUAUUCCCGAUGGAGAGUGUCUUUGUUCCAGAAGAUCCUAAGAUUCAUGGUACAGAUGCUUCACGGGCAGGUUUAACGACAGUUGACAUGUCACAACACAUGCCGGAGCUGUGCCUGGCGAACAUCUAUUGA